UGAAACAAAAACCCUAGUUUCAGUGUCUCCGCUAAUACAUUACACACCAAGCUUAGCCUCAGAGAGAAAAAAAAAAAAAAAAAAAAUGGGAAGCGAUAGCGAAGCAGAGAAGACGCAGCAGAAGGAGAAGGAGAGGAAGAAGCUUCUAGCCCUCGCCCCCAUUGCCAAACCCCUUGCUGGAAAGAAGCUCUGCAAGCGCACCCUCAAGCUCGUCCGCAGAGCUGCUGAGCACAAAUGCUUGAAGAGAGGAGUAAAGGAGGUGGUUAAGAGUAUCAGGCGUGGUCAUAAAGGAAUAUGUGUUAUAGCUGGGAACAUAUCACCUAUUGAUGUGAUUACUCAUGUUCCAAUCUUAUGUGAAGAGGCUGACAUUCCCUAUAUAUACGUUACCUCAAAAGAAGACCUUGCAAAUGCAGGGGCCACUAAAAGGCCAACAUGCUGUGUUCUCGUGCUAACCAAGCCUACAAAAGGAGAAUUAGGUGCAGAGGAACAGGAAAAACUAAAUGAAGACUAUAAGCAGGUUGCUGCGGAAGUGUCUGAACUUGCAUCAACUAUUUUCUGAAGUAGAACAAAGCAUUUGUACUUUAUUUAAGCUGGUAGAAUAUCUUGCUGUUUCAUGUAAUCUUUUGAAGUGGGUAGAGGUAGAGAUGUUUUCCAUAUGUCCAAGCAUUUGGGGUGUCUUUUGUGUGUUAAGAGCAAGCAAUGUAGGUUCAUAGAGCUUAGAUCCAACUUUUGAAUCACUAAGAUAAACACAUUGGUGCUAGCUAAUUGUCUUGGACGCGUACUUUUAAAUAUGAGGCUAGAAAGCUUUAUUAUGUUCA